UUGACCUCUCUUUCAGCCAUGUUCUCCAUGCUCUUUGUAAUACUGACUCUGGCACUACCAGUGCCCGCCAUAUCAUCCUGCAACAGCACAUGCACACCCGAGACAAUUCAGACACGUGUUGAGUGGGCGAAUAUGGCAGACACUGAUAAACACUCCUACCUAAAGGCAGCGCAGUUUCUGCCAUUCCACCGACUCUAUGUAUUUGUGUAUGAGCAGCUCUUGCGAGAGGAGUGCGGCUAUAAGGGGCCAACACCUUGGUGGGAUGAAACCCGAGACGCAGGCAAUUUCAUGGACUCGCCGCUCCUUGAUCCUGAUACAGGAUUUGGUGGGAACGGGACUGGUCCAGAUGGAUGUGUUACUGAUGGUCCUUUCGCAAAUACCACUCUUCACAUUGGUCCGGGCCAAACUCUGACUGAACAUUGCUUAUCCCGCUCAGUUGAGGAGACGAAUAGCACCCUCGCCAACGAAACCUAUGUUGAGCACUGCCACAAUUUAAACACCUACCUCGAUUUUUGGGAGGAGACCGGUUUGACAACCCACGGUGCUGGUCAUAGUGGAAUUGGCGGAGUCAUGCAGGAUAUCGAUGCAAGCCCCGGAGAUCGUCUUUGGUGGAACUGGCAGUCCGCAGACCCUGACAAUCGCGUAUAUCAACUGGGCGGCCCUUCCUCGCAGGGGCCGUGCGAAGGAGGAUGCCAAGAGACGACUCUGGACUACGUAAUGACCACCUAUGAAAUUCGCCCGAACGUUACUGUAGGAGAUGUCAUGGACAUUCAGGGCGGAUAUCUCUGCUACAAAUAUGACUACUAG